UGCGCUGGAACACUCGAUUAUUGAAACGAUAGCUUACUUGCUGAAUUCGGAACAAAUAACGCCCUCCGAUUUUCAUCGUACAAAGGGACACUGCCGCAAUGUUUCGUUUAAUGUCCAAGAUAGCAAAGACGUCCACCUCUUUCACAAGAUGGGCUCCGCUAGGGUUUCAGGUUAACAUGAGACAGCCUAUAACGCGUAGACCUCAAGCCGUUCCAGCUCGUCUAUUAGCGAGUUCCGUAGCCAAUAACAACCGACGUAACAACAGGCUGGAACCAAAAAUCGUGCGGAAACUCGGGAAUUACGAAAAUUACCUUUUUGAAACUGGACGCGAGAACGGAUGGUCCACUUUCUGUUGUUGUGCCGUCUUUAGAUCGGAGAUGGAGUUGACUCCGGAACAGAUAAGGAAAGCGUUUGAGAACUUACAGAAACGACACGCAGCCUUGCGCCUGGUUGUCACCUUGAAGGAUGGUGAGAACUACUUCGCCGAAGUUGCCGAUGCACCUUACUAUGAGAUUCUCCAGACCUCGGAUCGGAGAGCCGUUAUAGCAAGAGCGGAACAAAACAGAUUUACGUACGGGCAACUGCUUAUGCGAUUUAAUGUCCUUACGCCUGAAACUUCUGACCGGGGAUUUCUCUAUCCGGUCAUUAUCGGUAUUCAAACAUGCGCGUUUGACGGAAAGGCACUGAAAGUGAAUGUGCUCGCUGAUCUAGCUUACUUUCUGGAAAAGGCCUUGCUUCAAGACGGAGAUGAUAACAUAGAAAGUCAGCCUAUGCUUCCCGUUCGCGAAGACAUUUUAGAUCAGUAUCCAGAUAGCAGAUCUAACAAUCUAAAGCCUAACGACUGGACUACUCACAAAGACCUUUUGAUUAAACUUCUUGAGAUGCAUAAGCCGAGUCACCCACAACCCUGUUCGGGAAUAACAGGUUUCGUUUUGGACAAGGAGCAGAAUUCACAACUGCUGCACGAGGUGGCCCAACAUAAUGUUUCAUUGAACAGUGUUUGCGUUGCUGCACAUGCAAUGGCAUUGUACAGGUUGCAAAUUGAUUUAGGGCUCCUCUCUGACCAGGGGUGGUCACUGCAAUCCCCCUUCGCGGCAGACAUGCGGCCUUAUGCGAAACCUAAACUCCCGGAGUCCCACUGCGGUGUCUGGGUAGCUGAGUUCACUAACCACAUAAUAAUUCCGGCAAAAAUGGCGAGUUGUAAUAGUAAAGAGGCACUCUGGAAGCUCGCCGCCUCCAUCCAGAAAGAAACCCGGGAACUUACAGCCGAUCCCGAACCGACUCUGGGAAGUAUUAAGGGAUGGAACGAGUUCCAUAAGAAAUUUAUGUCGGACCGGCAAGCGUAUUAUCGUGACGAUGGUUACCCAGCACAGGAUCUGUUCUACAUAUCAAAUUUCGGGAAAUUGCCCAAUUCUCCCGGAAAAGGAAAAGUUAGUUUAGACGAGGUAGAGUUGAUAACUGGUACCACGGGAUCCACUAUCUUUAUUCACGACAUUCAUCGUCUCAAUUCUUCGUCUCUGUUUCACUGGGAACUCUCAUACAGCAAGAUGCUUGUGUCCGAUGAACUGGCCGAAAAGUAUCUAUCUCUGAUAAAGGAAGAACUCGAAAGAUACCUCAUGGAGUAGUAAAUCGGUGGAUGCUGCGGCAAUCUGAAGUCAAACGAUAACAAUCACCAAUUGGGUGGAGCUAAAAUGUUGACUAAAACCGAGGCGAAAAUGCUUAAAAUGCCUGCCGUGCUAGUAAUAGUUAGCAUGUAGCAUGUAGCAUAGUUAGCAUGUUAGUUAUUUGAUAUGCAAACAUUACUUUUUAUUUUGAAUGAUAUCAAUUCAUAGAAUUCAGGUCAAUUUUGGAUCGAAUAGUAUAGGGUGUUUCAAAAAAAGGAAACCGAGAUUAAUUUGUUAAUAUCCUGGACAUGGCUUAAUAUUUUGGAAAUUGGCAACCACCAUUUAUUACCUAAUGAUGUCCUCUUUCUUAGGACAUCAUGUAGUCCAAUUUACUGUCACGGAUGACUGAGAACUAAGCAGUUCAAUGAACCCUGGCAGAACUGGUCUUGCACUAGAUUUACCGCAGUGGAACUCCGACAAAAAAGAAAGACUAGUGUGUCCUUAGCAAAGAUUUUAUUCAAUGUUUUAACAUCUGGGUGCUUAUUCCUGUCUGAACCUUACUCCAGUGUCCUUCGACAUGCCCCUCAUUCCUUUCAACACAAACAUUAGCUAUGGUUCUCAUUGCUCUCAAUGCAUUCCUGAUUACGUCUCUGUGUCCUCUUGAGGUCUCAACUGCAGCGACGAUUCUGGCACGUUGGUCAUUGAUAUAUUGUGGAGGCGACUUGUUAACUUGGUUCUCAAGAUGUCCCCACAAAAAAAAUCACAGGGGCUGAGGUCAGGGGACGUUGGUGGCAAUUUAAUCUCACGGUUGAUCGCACCAAAUGCAUAUGCUACUUGCUAGAGACUUCCAGUUCUCAACCACUCUCUUACCGCAAAUACACGCUGCUUUUUAGUUGUAAGUUACAUUUUGCUAGUCUGAGAAAAUGAGCAACCUUUCCAACAAAAGAUUGCAUAAUUUGGAGGCCCAACAAAAGCUCUGCAUUGGGUAGACAAGGUUUACUACCAAAACGUCUAUGUGGUGAAAGACCAGUUCUGCCAUGCUCACCCCUAUUAAAGUUGUAUUGCUCUGAAGAUAUCUCUGACCAGUAUUUGGCAUGUUGUGUAGACAACUUCUUCGGCUGUUCAAGAAUUCGUGUCAUUAGUUG